UUAAAUAGUGUUAAUGCGUUUAAGGUUAUGUGCAUAGGUUAUGUGUAUUUACAGUGUUUAUUUGUUUAUUUUAUAAAUAUUACAAACAUGCUACAAACCUAUUUAAAAUAUAAUGACCAACAGUAACUUUUAUAAAUCGAAUCAUGUCUGCUACCUUUAAGAACAGUAAACGAAAAUUAUCUCAAAAUGAGUUGCGACGUUUUAUGAACGAGCACAAGGAGAAAAUACAGAAGACAACAAAGAAGAUUGAAUCGCCUUUAGCAAAAUACAACGAUGCUGGACAAUUGACUUGCAUUCUUUGUCAAUCUAUUGUAAAGUCGGAAGCAGUAUGGACGGUACACAUAAAUUGUAAGCAACAUCGAUUAAAUAUUGAAAAGGCCAAACAAUUGAAAGAGAAGACUAAGAAUUUUACCACACCUGUGAAACGUACAGCUACUCCUCAAACCCCUGAGGUUCCAGAAAAAAAGCUUAAGGGUAUAUUGAAGAAUGCUUCCUCAAUACAAAUGCCUGUGCAAGAACUAAGUGUAGAAAUAAAAAGUGGACAAUUACCUAGUGAUUUUUAUGAAAAUAGUGCUGAAAGUAGUAAGUCUGUUAGUAAUGAAAAUGACAGAUCAGUAAAAACUGAGGCAGAUAGUACAAAGGAUAUAGAACAUGUAGAUGUGACCUUACCAGAGGGAUUCUUUGAUGAUCCAAAACAAGAUGCCAAGGCCAGAAAUGUUGAAUAUAAAGACCCGGUUGAAGAAGAGUGGGAAAGGUUUCAAAGAGAAAUAAGAGAAGCAGAUAUGGAAAGUGCUGCAAUAAUUGCUGAUGAUCAGGAUGAAGCAACAACUGAAAGACAGAUAGAUGAAAUUGAGGAGCAAAUGAGAAAUUGGUCUCGUGUAUUAACACUGGAAAAGAAGAAAACGGAAGUUAUACCUCAGGUAAAUAAUAGCAUGCUUGUGGACGCGAAUGAGGAGACCAGCGAUGAAGAUGUUGAUGUAGAUGAAAUCUUUAACUGGAGAUCAAAAAAAUCCUUUUAAUUUUACAAGUUUCAUUAUAAUUGUAAGUACCUUUAAUAAAAAAAUAUUUCUCAUUAAAAGUC